UCGAACACAAGAAACUAUUAGUAAAGCAGAAUGUUAGGGGUGGGGCAGGCUGAAAGGGGAAGUUCACGUGCUAUACAUUUAAACUUAACGGAUCUAAACACAGACCUCUGAUAUAAUUCAUGAUAAUAUUUCCAUCCUGUUAGAAAGUGAAACAACAACUCAGCCUGAGCAGAGGAAGUAUUUCUGUUACUAGAAAAAGGACAGCAGAACAGCUUGCAGGCUGUGGGAGAACUUGUUGCAGAACUGUUGAAGAAAAGUUGACAUCUCAUCAUCCCUGAGAACACUAUCCCACAGCUGUCCCCCUCAAUCUCACCACCAAAUAUCCCUUCACAUGUCUGUAAUGGCCAACUCCACAGCAAAAGCACCUAGGCAAGACUCUGCUGAAAGUAAAUCUGACACAUCAACCAUAUCUAUUCAGGGCCCAUACUUUGAAGCCAUAGUUGGAGUUGUCAUUGCUGUGGUGGUUCUGGUCCUGAUCCUCCUCCUGGCCGUCAUUCUGCGAUACAUGUACAAGCACAAGGGCACAUAUCAUACCAAUGAAGCCAAGGGCACAGAGUUCGCAGAGACAGCAGACGCUGCUCUGCGUGGAGACCCUGCCCUGAAGGACGCCAUGGAUGAGAGCAAGAAAGAGUAUUUCAUAUGAGACACAAUAGCUGGCCCUUUAUAAACAUCAUAUAAUAAACUCCUACAGGCUCACAUGAUGCCUCAAUCCUGUUUGCUGGAGCAGUGAAGUAACUGACUGAGCUCCCCGCAAACAGAAACUAACAAGAAGAGUAUUCUGAAAUUCCUCUAUAUUUUAAUAUCUGAGAUCGUUUAUAUUUAUUUGUUCCUGGAAAAGAGAAUAUGCUGCACUCCUUGUAAAGCUGAGUGUCUGAACAAACAUCAGCUCAGGAGAUUGAGAUGAUAUUCAGAUGAAGGGAAGGGAAGUCUUUGAUCUUAUUAGACAGGAUAUGAAUGUGAAUGAUAGGUAAUAUUUCAGGACAUUUAAAUGUACAAUUUAAAGAACACUGUAAAAAAAAAAAAGAAUGUGAAAUUAAUUAAUAUUCUGUAUACUGUAUAUGGCAUAUAUAAGAAUCAGGGAUCAGAUUCUUCUUUCUAAGUAAGAAGUUAAAUUCAAAAAAGUUUGUUCGUUUUGUUAAUAGCAUCUUAUAUUUUAAAGAUGAAAAUAGCUCUGGUGUUGUCUGAUUGUGGCAGUUCUUGCUAAAGACUCACUGAUCAACUAAAUGUAAAACAUCUCAAAAGCAUCUAUUUGCUCUGCCUGCAAAUUACCGUUAUGAUCGUGAUAAAUGUACACUAUUUUCUUCCUGACUGACUUUAUGGGAGUUCAGUACUCAAUCUCACAUUUUUAAUGUGCCAUGUAUUUUAAAUAGUUACUGAGCCUGUCUCAAAAUUGCACUCCAUCUCUCUUGCACUAGGACAUAUAGCUCAUUAAGCAUAUAAGAACAUUUACAUAUAAAAUACGAAGGGAAAUAAUCCAAUAGGAAAAACAAUGGGAGAAAAGCCAUUGGGUUAUUAGAGGCAGAAAUAGGUCUUUUCCUUAUUAUUUACAUAAACUCUCAGAAAAAAAAGCUAACUUUUUUAAAAAGUACACCUUGUACCUAAAGGGUGCAUAUUAGUACAUUUUGAAGGGGUACCACCCCAGUGACGGCUUUAUUUUUGAGAGUGUAGGUGUUAACCAUGUGCAUUGUUCUGUUUUUAUACUGUCGUGAUUCUAAAUAUAACUGUUUUCUUCUGCUUGUUGUAAGAAUAUCUAUGAUAUAAUUCUUAGACUGAACUAAUGAAAUAUUGCUUGUAAUUAGAAGCAGUAGCAGAGUUAUUCAGUGGAGUAAAUAAACAAGAUAUUUGCUUCAGAUGCCUUAACAUUUUUAAUUUCAUAUAUGUUAACGCUUUAGCAACAAAUAAAAUGAAUUAUAUUGUUUGUUUUUCUAGUUGCCUUUUUUCAGUUUCCCAGUUUUAUCAAAGAAAGGAAGGAAGGAAAGGGUACACUUAAAACUGAAAAGUGUCAUCAUAUACUCAACUUUGUGUCUUUCAAAGCUUGUAUGACUUACUUAUUUAUAGCAUAUUUUCUAAGCUGCUCCUUACUAUAAAUUAAAAGAAAACAGUGACCAUAGCUGUCAAACAAGAUUUUCAGUAAAUUAUAGUUUAAUUUUAGGUUUUUUCCACACAUAGUGUUGUCAAAUGGCUCAGAAGACUUGAAAUAAAGUGCUUGAGUCAUAUACUUUUAGGAGACUUUUAUGGUGCUGUUUUUGCUAAAAUCUUCUUUUGUUUUCCACAGAAAAAAAAAACAAAAAAAAAAACAUAGUCAUUCAGGUUUGGAAACGAUGUGAGGGUGAGUAAAUAAUGACAAAAGUAUCAUUUUCAUUUUUGCAUGAACUAUUUCCCUUAAGCUUACAGCAACUGGCAGUAAAGAGAGCUCCUGCUGUGCUCAGUUUAGUGAUUUUUGGAUCAAACAACCAGGCCUCAGGCCAUUGAUAGUUUCAGUUCCUCUUCAUGGGGGAGUAAUUAUUACAGGUGUUGUGUUAUUCACUCCUGGGAAACCAGAAUGUGCAAAUAAAAUACUGAAAUAUUAUCUCAUGCAAACAGUUUGUGUGGCAGUGGGACAUGAAGUGCUAUAAAUAUGAUUUGAGUUGAUGUGUACCAUGAUAAAUAAUUUUUCAAUGA